GACCACUCGCUGAGCUUCCGUAUUUACAGCAGCAUCCGAGAGAUUAACUAUUGUAGAAAAAUCACGAGAGUUUUCUCUGUAGUUUUUAUAGUUCUAUAGAUGUAACUAUAGACGUUACAGUCAAGUGCGAGCAAAUAUACCUAUUCAUCAUUAUGACGAAACACAACAACACAACUAGCAGAGCCGCGCGGUCGUUAAUGAUUAGUGUUUUUCUUCUAAGCUGCCUGAUUGUGUCGUCUAAUUGCCAAGUUGAGCUAUCGCAAACUACGAACGCUAGUACGAAAAUGCCGGUCGCCGAUGAAGACCUAAGUCACUUGAAAGUCGUCAGCGGCGGUGAUAAGAUGUCACUCGAGGAUUUUGAUCAGUAUCUUGGAAGCUAUAUUGGCGAUGAGAGAGAGUUUGCUUUGGUGUUGGAUUUUGAUGGCACCCUGGCAGAGCUUACGUCGCAUCCAAACCUCAGCGCGAUGACCCCGGAGAUGAAGGAAACUUUGGAGAACAUCGCCAACAGUGGACGAGUGUUUGUAACGAUCAUAUCCGGACGUGACGUACAUGGAGUGAAAGAAAAGGUCGGGAUCAAGAAUAUAGUGUAUUCGGGUAAUCAUGGCCUAGAGGUGCUGUAUCCGGAUGGAAGAAGGCAUAAUCAGGGGAUUUCCAAGGAAUUGUCAGACAAUUUCGGCAAAAUGGUUGAGCAACUCACCAAUGAGUUGGCGCAUGACGGAGCCUGGGUGGAGAAUAAAAAAGUAUCACUAACAUUUCACAUCCGUCAAGUGGAUCCCAAACUGGUUCCACAAAUGGAAGCGAGAGCGGCGCAGAUAAUCGAAUCGUAUGGAUAUCGGGCAAAUAAAGCGCAUGCUGCCAUAGAAGGCAAACCACCGAUCCACUGGAACAAAGGCUUGGCAGCGGAGUUGAUAUUGAAGUCGAACUUUGAUCGCAAUUGGGAAACUCGAAAGGUGAUUUUUGCCGGUGAUGACACCACCGAUGAAGAUGUGAUGAUUGUCAUUAAAGGAUUUGGUAGAUCGUUCCGGGUGAGCAACGAUGCCAAUGUGCAGACCAAUGCUGACUUUAGGAUUCCUUCGGUAAAAUCGGUGUUUUACAUGCUCAAAUGGAUCGAACAGAAGGUGUGUGCAUAGUCGAGAAAAGUGGCACGUGGGUAACGGUUGCAUGAUUCGUGUUUAUAUUAAGUGAUUUUAUUAAAGAACUAGUUUGAAACAAAACAAAAUACAAUUGUUAGCAAAAAUAAAUGAAUUUUCUGAGUGAAAAAAGUGUGGAACGUUCAAAACAACAAACAUUAUUGAAAAGGCUGUGUACGACACAAAGGUUUACAAGAUCUCCUAUCAGUUUAACAAAAACAAAAAUAAUAGUUUUUCGCUAUGUUUUGUAUCAGUUUUUGUUGAAUCUACGAUUGUAAUAUUGACAAAUAUUUUUUUUUAUAUGUGGACACCGUGGCGCCCCAAGACAAUAUUUUUGUGAUGGAUGAUUUACUUCUGAUUUUUCUUAUCAUCAUUCGUCUUUGUCUAAAGCUAGGUAUGCUACAUGCCUUCAACUUGUAUGCAUGUUCUGCCACAAUGCUCACAAGCAUUACAUAUAGAGUUGCAGACAGAUAUGACGACAGAUCACGGCCUUUA